CAUCCUUGCUUGCAAGGUCAUCAGCAAAGAAGUAUAUAAAGGAAGAGAGGACUGCCAGGCAAACGCUUAAUUGUUCCCCCCCCCCUACUCUUCACCCUUUCACGCAGUUCUCGAGUGAUUACAAAUUAAAACACAUCAAGUUUUCGAUCCUUUAGAGUGCCUGAUCUGAACACAUUUAACUUCCACGCAACCCCGCGUUGAGCGCAACACAUCUCCAAGUUAACCUGUUCCACAGCAUGAAAGUGACACUCACUCUCAUCUUUAGCUUUCUCUUCUCAGCUGCUAUGGCCGCCUCCGCUCAACACAAGUCCGUCAUCAUCACGUUCCCUUCAGAAACGCCUGACUCGGUGGUUCAACAGGCAAAGGAUGCGAUCAAGGCAAACGGUGGCAAAAUUACCCAUGAAUACAAUUUGAUCAAAGGAUUUGCGGCCGAAGCGCCGUCGGUUGCCAUGGAUGCUGUUAGUGCUCUUGGGACAGAAUACCCCCCCGUCAUUGAGGACGAUCAGAUUGUCACCAUAAACCAACCGGCUACGAAUUGAUGUCUUGAUGAGAUGGGGACAAUCCUCUACGUCCGAUCCGAGAUGAAUGGAUUCUUUAUGGGCUAGUGGCUCUUUGUGUGUAUCCCUGGCCAAAGUGAACGCUUUAUGGGGAUACUCAGGGGGAAGUGGAUUCGAAGGAUCGUUUCAGAAUCUACUUAUAAUCAUACUUUGAAUGUCAUGAAUUCUAUUGGCAAUGUCUUCUCAUGUGGAGCGGUCUACUCCGUACAUAUGGGAGAUCCUAUUUCGCUCUUUAAAAACAAGGAACCUGUUUCGAUAUACUCCGUACAAGAAGUUCAAUUUAGUACUUAAACUUACAUAGUGAAUCAACUAUGGACUAAUACU